AUGGAUACCGAUAAGGUUGAGCGGCUACGCGAGCGAAUGCUCCAGUGUUCUGUUUGCAUGGAUGAGUUCAAAGAUCCCCGUAUACUUCCAUGUCACCAUACUCUGUGCUAUGAUUGUAUUUUCAAUGUUGUCCAGUCAUCUUCAGUCUCUGGUAGACUCUUCAAGUGCCCACAGUGUCGAGCAGAUGUUUGUGUACCAAGGGGAGGUAUAGAUGAGCUUCCAAUCAAUUUUUACAUCACCAGCUUGCAAGAGGAACUUGGCGCAACAAGCUACUCUGGAAUAUGCCAUAUUUGCAAGAGAGAUUGGCUCACCUCACAGUUUAGGUGUAUUGACUGCGAUGUGGAUAUUUGUCGAUUUUGUAUCCAUGCUCAUCGCUUGGAAACUCAUACAGAUCCACCAAAGAUAUUGCGCAUUGAGACAACAAACAGUAAUAGCUGUCAGUUGAUGUCCAACGUGGCAUGUGAAGAACACACAGAAGAAAUCUUGCAGCUUUUCUGCACCAGCUGCCACAAAGCCAUCUGCAUCAGCUGUUCAUUUCACAGCCAUAAGAAGCAUAAGAUCAUCCCUUUGAACACAAAACUUAAAGAAUCAAAGACUUACUUGCAGUCGGAAGUAGAUGCUCUUACUGUGGUGAAAAGAAAUGCAAUGAAAACUGCAGAAUUUUUUCAAGACAUCAGGGAGGAGUGUGUUAAACUUGCAAAUGGGUCCUUGCUUGCGCUGGAUGCCGCAGCUCACAAAGCCUGUAAUUUAAUCAUGAACAAGAAAAGUAUGCUGGAAAAGGAAAUCUUGAGCUCGGAGGAGAUGCAACUGGAGAAAAUUGACAAUGCUUUAAAAGACUUUAAAUUAUACAUGCAGCGUGUGGAACGUGGCAUGGCGUUUUUACUGGAUCUUCAAGAUGAUGACAUUUGUCUUGAGGUAAUUAACACGUACAAAGACUAUUUACUGAAGUUAGAAGCAGCCCGUAAAAUGUUUUCAUCCAAUCAUGUUCAUGUUGAUUAUACUCAGUUUCGGCCAUCAGAUAGCUCUCAUUUAGUAGAUGCUAACAUGGGUGUUAACAGAAAACUGCUUUAUUAUGGUAACUUGGGAACAAUGUGCAAGAAAAGUAUUUGUUUGUCUGUUAAUCCUAAAACUUUGAAUGUGGUGAAGCAUUACAGGGGUAUCGGCCAUGUUGUGGAUAGUCACUAUUUUAAGAGAUUUUUGCAUUUCUUGUUAGUGUUUGUGAUCUGUCAGGUUUUCUUCUACUUGGGUGACACCAGUGGUUUUUUUGACAUGAUCAUGUCAAUGGUUAUGGUGUUCUACAGCCAAAUAGUUGAUGUCUUAAAAGGGUACUCUAAUAGCACACAGUAAAAGUCUGCUUUCCUUUACUUAUUAUACAAGCUUGCUAUUUUUUAUGCUGGCUUAGUGUAUUUUUAAGCCACUACAUUAACCAGUUUAUGUCCUAUAAUGCAUCGCUAGUAUAUCCAGUAUAAACACUACUGCAAUAUUUAUUUGUAUGACAAACAUCUAAUGACUUGGGCUGAAACUGUACAAAUUGGUAUUAUCAUUGGUGAAGUUGGCAUUUUUUUUUAAAACCCUUACAGCAUUUACUCUUCCAUUCCCUCAUGCCAAGUUGCAGGUAAUGUCUACAAACACAAGACCGUAGUAACUGGCAGUAUGUUUGUUUGAUAUAGGAAUAGUCAACACUACUUUUGUUUUUUAAGUAAAAGUUGAUAGACCAUAAAGUUGUGGAAGUCUGCUUUAAAUCUAGUUAUUAAUAUUUAUAAAUAUAUUCCCACGACACUGGUAAGACAUCAAGGCUAACUAUUUCUAAUGUGGUCAGCAUUUAAUGUUUUUAAUUAUCUUAGUGCCUAUACUUUCUACAUAUAUGUUCAAUUUUACUCAAAUGGUACAUAACAUGUCAAUCUUUAUCGUUGCAAACUAAAUUAUUUUUUUUUUUAUUACUACAUUUAAUUUUUUUUAACCCUAUUAGACUUGUGUAAAAAACAUCAGUGGGCAAAACUAAUCAUAAAAUAAUACUGGGGCUGAGGGAAUGAGUAAAAAGUAGGUUGGGGCUGUAAGGGUCAAAUGAAUGUCUUUAUGAAUAAUAGUUUUUAAAUAUUAUAUUCUGUUUGUUAUAUAUGUAUUGAGUACUAUUACAGUAAUAGUAUUAUUAUAAAGGCAUAUAGGGUACCUUUUAAAUUGUUAUCAAUGUUUUGUGAUUACCAUGUUUUAAAAAAAAUCAGAACCUAUGUUUGAAUGUAAUGUGAUAUUUGUGAUCUAAUCAUUUUGCCAUAUCUAAGGUUAUUUAUACAUUUAAAACAUUUUCUAAAAUAUGUUGAUUUAUAUCAAAAGCUUUAAACACUAUUUAAUUACCUUUAAGAGGAUGGGUGUAAUUGUGUGAUUUUUUUUAAAAAUUG